AUGUUUAUGGCUGGCUCUGCCUGGUUCGCUGCGUGGAGCAUUGCAACAGCAUUCGCUCCGAAUGAUAAAGCCUUUAUCAUAUUUAUUGCAUUGAAAGGACUCGGUGCAGCUGCCAAUACACCUUCCGGCAUCGGCCUGCUGUCAUCCUACUUUCCCCCGGGGCCGAAGCGUAACAAGGCCUUCGGAGCGCUGGGUGCUGGCCAACCUUUGGGAUUCAUCGGUGGUCUGAUCUUAGGUGGAAUACUCACCGACAGCCGAGCUACUUGGCGUGCAAUCUUCUUCAUCCAGGCCGGCCUUGGUUUCCUCUUCGUAGCCCUAGGAUGGUUAGUUCUCCCCAAGUCGCAGAUCGAACAUAGAUAUACCAAAGGCCUUGAUUGGGGUGGCGCGAUAUUGAGCACGGCUGGUAUUGGGCUUCUGACAUACAGCCUUGCCGAUUCCACCACGGCGAGCAAAGGAUGGGCCACACCUCACAUCCCCAGCCUUCUAUCCGCAUCUGCGGUCAUACUUGGUGCCUUCAUCUUCUACGAGAGGUGGCGUGAAGCUCGAGAUAAAUCAGUCCUUAUGCCCCUUAGCAUGUGGCGCCAACCUGGCGCCAAGAUGGGAAGUGUUAUCGCAGUCGUUUUCUUUGCAUGGUGGAGUUUCAAUACAUUGAGUUACUUCGCGACUCUAUAUUAUCAACAGGUUAAUUACCUAAACCCCAUACAAACGUCACUGAGAUUCAUCCCCAUGGCCCUCGCCGGGUUUUCCGUAAACUUGAUCACGGGCUACGUGGUGAACCGUCUGCCGGGACAAGGCUUAAUACUGGCGGGCCUUGUCGGGAGCGUGGUCGCGCCCAUCAUUUUCAGUACUAUCAAUGUUGACGCUUCCUACUGGGCGAGCGCCUUCUUGGUCAUGAUAUUCAUUGUCGGCGCGGAUGCUGUCUACCCUGUCGGAAACCUUCAAAUUAUCAGCCAUUUCAACGAAGAUUCCCAGUCUCUGGCUGGUGGUAUUUUUAACGUCGCCACUCGUCUCGGUACAUCACUUGGCUUAGCGAUCACCAGCAGCAUCGCGACAGCCACAAGCGAGAGAUACAACAAGGCUCAUCCAGAAUUAGCGUCCGACUCUCCCGAGGUCCUGAUGGCGGGCUUCAGGGCGGCCGGAUGGACGUGUCUCGCAGCAGCAGCCUUCGGGUUCAUCGUGGCUGCGAUUGGGCUGAGAGGCAUAGGCGUGGUUGGCAGGAUUACCAAGAAUGACGACUCUCAUGGCGGCCUAUCUUUGGAAAACAUCAAAACGAACUCCCAGGUAUCCGUGAGAACGAUAAAGACUGCCGGAAUUGAAAGCUGCCGCACAGCGCCCGACUCGUCCCUAACAAUAGACACCACCUGGAGGAACCAAUCAGACGUCUAA